AUGGCCACUCUGUCGAAGGCGCCGUCUGUCCACUCGGCUGCUUCCGACUCGGCCGAUGUCUCGUCCACAGCACCGCAGUCGCUCGCGAGAGCCGUCCUCACCCGCAGAUCCGAAUACGUGCGCCCAUGUAGCGUACGGGUCAAAAUCGGCACUUGGAAUGUCGCCGCCUGUCCGGGCACCGACAAGGACCUCGCUCGCUGGUUUGUCGCCGGUCGAGGCGUUGACGAGAACACCACGCGGCUGCAAACUUCUCGAAACGCCGCCGUCGAGCGCGCCACGGGCGAGAGCGUCGAUUCCGUGCGCCUCGUCGGCGGAGACCAUGUCGGUCUCUACGUCCUGGGGCUGCAGGAGGUCGUCGAUCUCAGCCUGACGAGAGACUACGUAAAUCGAGCCGUCUACACCGACCACUCCUCCAUCGACAAGUGGCAGGCCGCUCUCGAAGCCGCCAUGCCUCCCGGCUACGAACUUGUCGCCUCGGAGCAGAUGCUCGGCCUCCUCCUGCUCAUCUAUGCCUCUCCGGAAAUCGCGCCGACCAUCACCAACGUGAGCUCGAAACAAGUUGGCACUGGCAUCUUGGGAUACUUUGGAAACAAGGGUGCCGUCGCCACCCGCCUUGUUCUCGGUGAGACGACCCGGAUGGCGUUCGUGAACUGCCAUCUCGCUAGUGGUGCCGGCUCGAACUACCUGGAACGGCGGUGCUGGGACGUCGGCCAGAUCCUUGCCAAGACCCAGUUCGACCCUGUCGUCCACAGCGGCGUGACCGAGGACGGCGGCGAGAGGAUCGGAGACGAGGAUUUUGCCUUUUGGUUCGGCGACCUCAACUUUCGCCUCGAUGGUCUGCCGGGCGAUGACAUCAGACGCUUGCUGACCUUGCACGCAAGAGGUGAAUAUGGCAAGCCUGGCGGAAAUCGUCGGCAGUCUUUGGAUGGAAACAGAGAUGGAGGGGACGAGGGACGAGACGGCGACGGAGACGAAGACGAAGACGGCAUCAUCGUCAUGAGGUCGUCGGAAAGCGAUGAUGAGACCGACGGGCGAUCCCAGGAGCACAUCGACUCCGACACCGAACCGGACGACUUCCCCAACGAUCCGAGUCAGGACCCAACAUCGUUACAAGCAACGCUAGACUCUCUACUACCCCACGACCAACUGAAGCGCCUCAUAGGCCAGAGAAAGCUGUUUCAUGACGGGUGGAGGGAGGGCCCGAUCGCCUUCCUUCCCUCAUACAAGUACGACAUCGGCACCGUCGGCCUCUUCGAUUCGAGCGACAAACAGCGGGCGCCCAGUUGGUGUGACCGUAUCCUCUAUCGCACCCGCAAGGAUAAACUUGGUCAUGACACACGGCUUCGGGAAGAGCUAGCGUCGAAGAAGAAAGAUGAAGAAAUGAGAUCGAGGGGCUUGGAGGAAGAUGACGACGUUUUGUUCAGUUAUGACCCGGAAACGGAUGGCGAUGAACAGGCGGUUGGAAAUUCCGAGGUCAAGUACGACCCAUACGACGACACGACCGAUAAUCGGGAACUCGUCGAGGAGGAUGUCGUGACGAAGGAAGGGUACCUCGACCACAUCGCCCAGGACAUGUACACUUCUCAUCAACGCAUCACGUCUUCCGAUCACAAACCUGUUGUAUCCGUCUUCACUCUGCAAUACGACACUGUGGUGCCGGAGCUCAAGGCCAAGAUUCAUGCCGAGGUCGCACGCGAGCUGGACAGGGCCGAAAACGAAGGUCGACCCAAGGUCACAAUCGUGGUCGAAGGCGGCCCCGAAGAUGACGGCAACGCCGUCGACUUGGGUUCCGUCGGACUUUUGGAGACGGCCACGGCCGUCAUUACCGUUGCGAAUACCGGCGGCGUGCCCGCCAACUUUACGUUUGUCGAGAAGCCGCCGCCCGAAGCUGGCGAGGACCCCGUUCCCGUUUGGUUGACGACGCGCUUCCGACGACCGGCCGAGGAAGGGACAGACUUUCUGGGUAGGACGGUGACGCUCGAGCCUGGGGAGACGAUUCUUGCACAGAUCGAGGCCCAAAUCUCCGACAUCAUCCACCUCCGCGCGCUCAACGAUGGCCACGCGAGGCUUGAAGAUGUACUUGUCCUGCGCGUCGAGGACGGCCGUGAUCACUUCAUUCCUGUUCGAGCCAGGUGGCUGCCGACCUGCUUUGGCCGAUCGAUCGACGAGCUCAUUCGCGUUCCCGAUGGAGGCAUCAGAAGCUUUGUGCUCGACAAGGGCAUCGUCGGCGCCAUACCCGACGACGCAGCCGUGCAUUGCUCGGCCCCGAAGGAGCUGUUCAAGCUGACAGAGGCGAUCCAAACCAUGGCCGAGCGGUGCGUGGCUGACGAGUCGAUGUUGGAGGCCAUGACGCUGCCGCGCGAUCCUGGCUGGCCGUUCGAUGCUUCCACCUGGGCUGCUGGUCCGACGGAGCAAACCCCGGUCAAGGCGAGGAUUGUAGCCGCCAUGGACACGGACUCCUCUGUCCUGGAGGCUCUACCCGUCGAGCUCCAGUCGUCAAGCAAGCUGGAACUUUUGUCCGCCGUUCUCCUCCUAUUCCUAGCCUCCCUCACCGAUGGACUCGUGCCCCGGCAGCUGUGGACCAAGCUUUCCACCUCUCUUCCCAACCUCACGUCACUACCCACGAGUGCCUGGGCCGACAUCAAGAGCCAGGUGCUUGAGCUCCUCUCAUCGGCUCCCAACCACAACAUCGCCUUUGUAUUUCUUACCUCGACAGUUUCUCGAGUCGUGGCCGAGAUCAGCCCUACCACUGCACCGGAAUUAUCGGGCCUGCCUGGCCUAGGACGACGACUCAGCUUUCGGCGGGUAAACGACGAGAUCUCUCGGCGAAGACGAAGUAGGGAGAAGCGGUAUGCCGAGACCUUGGGGCCGCUCGUCUUCCGGGCAAACGACAAGGAAAAAGCGAUGAAGGAGAAGGAGAGGAUUAUUGUUGAGAUGUUUUUGAGACGAGAAACAGAUGACUAG